GCGGGCCUCGGGGCCGGCGCGGAGGAUGCACGCGGGGGUCCUGGGCCUCUCCGCCCUGCUGCUGGCGGCCGAGCAGAGCGCGCGCCUCUGCACCAUGGUUUACUACUUCACCGCAGGCCGGCUCCUCUGGGGCUGGCUGACCCUUUCCGCGCUACUGCCUGGCUUCUUGGUCCAGGGCCUGAGCUAUCUGUGGUUCCGAGAAGAUGGACAUCAAGGUCACGGCUUGCUGGCGGUGCUGCACCUCCUACAGCUUGGCGUGUGGAAGCGGCACUGGGACGCCGUGUCCACUGUUCCAUCGAGGGAAGGGGAAGCCUCCGGCCGGGGCCAGCUGCUGCUACAGGAGGCCGACCUGUCAGCCCUGCGCCUCUUGGAGGCUCUGCUUCAGGUCGGGCCCCACCUGCUGCUUCAAACAUAUGUUUUCCUCGCCUCGGACUUCGAUACCGUGCCAGGGCUGAGUGUCCUGUGCUCCUGGUUGGCGCUGUCCUGGGCCCUGGUGUGCUACACCCGCCUCCUGGGCUCCAUGAAGCCAGGCCGCCUCUCCAUGUCCUGGACGGCCCUCGGCUGCCAGCAGCUCUGGAGGAUGGGCAUGUUGGGAUCCCGCGUCCUGAGUCUGGUUCUGUUCUUCAGAGCUUACCACCUCUGGGUUCUGGUUGUCGGAGGUGCCCACUGGCUGGUGAUGACAUUCUGGCUUGUGGCUCAGCAGAGUGACAUCGUGGACGGCACCUGGCACUGGAGGCUGUUCAACCUGCUUGUGGGGGCCGUGUACAUCCUCUGCUACCUCGACUUCUGGGACAGCCCUUCCAGAAACAGGAUGGCCACGUUCUACAUGAUUAUGCUGCUUGAGAACUUCCUCCUUGUGCUGCUGGCCACAGACUUUCUCCAGGGAGCGUCGUGGACCAGCCUGUGGGCCAUAGCAGGAAUCUUGUCUGGAUUUCUGAUUGGCGGUGCCUCGCUGGUAAUUUAUUACAACCUGCUACAUCCUAAAUCCACAGACAUCUGGCUCAGCUUUGUACGGAAGUCCUGCGGCGUUGUGGGGAGUGAUAAAGCAGAGGGAGACUCUUCUCCCGGGGCCCUGGGUCCAGCUGGGGAGAGACCAGAGAGCCAGGGCACAGGCCAGGAGGAAAGUUACGAGCUACCAGGUCUGGGGAGGGCCCCCAGCCCACAGUGGGGUCCCCCAGAGGCCGGGCUGGAAAGCCAAAUUGCUGGGGAGGACUCUUUCCUCAGUCACCACCACUGGCUGUUGGUGAAACUUGCCCUGAAAACAGGAAAUGUGUCUAAGAUCUACGCAGUCUUUGGAGAAGACAAUCCUAGCCAUUUUUGUUCCGUUACGUGGGGGGUGAGCCAGCACUGCAACCAGCAGAGGAAGCCCUCUCUUCCCCAGCAAGAGCUUCCCUUGUCACCCCUUGAACCUCUAGCCUCAGAGAAAGGCUCUGAGUCUCAAGCUGCCCCGAGAGUGGAGGCUGACCUGUUGGAAACCUCAAGUUAUGUCUCUUUUGCCAGCAAUCAUUAUGACAGAGCUCCUGCCCAGAGGCUGUCAGCUACACAGCAGGAGGGCAGCCCAGGGGAAGGAGCCGGGGCUGUCUCUGAGGUGCAGGGGAGGGGUGCAGAUGGGUGGCCCAGUGCAGGGGAAGGACAGGACAGCUCCACGCUGUACUUCAGCGCCACUGCAGAAGGGGCCAUGUCCUCACACCAAGAAGGUGGGCCGGCAGCUCUGCAGAUGUCCCGCUCUGGGAGGAGAAUGGGAAGGCACAGCCCCACCCAGCCUGCCUCACCUCUGCCAGCCACUAAGCCCUCUCCUGUCACCAUGGCCAACAUCAGCCCGAUCUUAGGCCCGGGCUCAGGGAGAAGCGUCCAUCGCAGGGCAGGCUGCCCUGGCAGAGCCCCGGGCGGCUCACAGCACGGGGUGCAGCAGGAGCCGGCAAGUGACCUGAGCCACGCAGCCACGGCCGGCUCACAGACCUCACUGCCGAAGGUGAGCCUGAGGCCCGCAGACGAGCCCUGCCUCACCUCCACCCCCAAGUCCGAGCCCACCCACAGGGGCUGCAGCUGGAGGGACAAGUUUGAGGCAAGCUUCUUCAUCUGACCAGUCACAGGGGAGCAAGAAGCGGGCCAGCGGAUCAGGCUGGGCACUGGUGUCGGGAUAGGAGGCAUCACACUUCUGACACGUCCACCUGAGCCCCCCCCACCCCGACCUCUACUCGCACAGCCAGAGAUGAGGGCAGCCCCAGGCUAGAGUCCUUCCCAGAUCGCCUGCCGACACCACGCGCCACGCCUAUGCACGGAGCCGUUCUCCAACAGUGCGGGAGGUGGAAGGAAGGCUUCAAUCAGUAUCGGCUGCUUCUGUUUACAAACUACAUGUUCCUUUUCUCUCUCCUGUGGUUUCUAGGAAACUCAAAGGUAAAACCCAGAGUCCUAUUUUAUUCUGUGUUCUUGUUACAGCUAGCUUCUGACACUAAGUGAUUUUAUUAACUUCUCUGUUUGAAAAUGUAUUUUAACUACGUUAUUUUAUGAAAUCUCGUGAUAAGGUAAUGCAAGCCCUGUCUGGAAGUAGAAGAGAAAUGUGUACUUAAAGUAUCACUGUAAACAAAAACGCAGGUGUCAUUGUGAGGUUCCCUUGUCUCUUUGGCAGAACCUGACUGAUAUUCUGUAAAACCCACAGUCCUUCCUGCAGGCUGGCCUGCCAGCAGUUACUAGUCAGAGCCCUCUUCUCCACUACUGGCUUCAGACUCUGUCCCCUUUAUUUCCAAACUCGGAUCCCUCCUCCAUUCAGUGUGAGACUGUGAUGUAAGCUCAGCCAAGAAGGGAAUUAGUGCCCCUUACCCCUUUGCUCUGUUUCUUUCUAACUCUUCUCCUUAAAGAUGCUAUUUGUAGAUAGUUAUUUCCAUCAUUUUCAAGCCUUCCUUUAUAGCUGGUUAAAGGGGUCCAAUCAGAAACUAUCGAAGCAAGAGACAGGGCACCUGGAGGGCAACCUGCUUGGUGCUGGUGCUUUUUACCUUUUCCAAACACCUCUGGGAUCCAGGACAGUGUCUGAGCCUCAACAAGGAAGUGAAGAGUGACUCAGCUCAGUUCACACGUGGUAAGAGCUUGUACGUUUUCUGCCCUGAGCUCUCAGAUCAUCAGCAACCCGGCUGCCAACCACAUAAACCAACCUGAGAUAGCAAACGAGUGGCUAAGCACCUUUGUUAACAACAGGUAAAUGCGAAGUACAGAGAGUUAAUUAACAGGACAAAAGAUGGCCCACAGUUACUGACUGUGCUAUUACAGCACGCUCGUUCCUCCGCAGCCUCUCAUCCAACCAGGAGCCUGGGCCUAUACAUUGAUUCCUAACAGACCCCCACCCCAUGCUCAUCCUCCAAGACUCAGCUCAAACUCGGCCUCUCCAGAGCCCUCCCUAGCCUUGCCUGCCCCCGGCUGUACUCCACAGUUCCCUGCCCUCUAGUGACCUCUUCCUAAACUUGAAUGAGCCCUUGCACCAAAGGCUAAUUAAGAGUUGCAAAUCCUGACCUGUGUAGCUCCAGGGCCCAGCACAGUACCUGGC